GUGCAAUUAUUGAUAAGAGGCGUAUCAAACGAUAGCGUAUUGUUGUCCCCUUUACCCAAUUCAAGAAACGUAGAAAACCAGAAAUCAAUUCCCUGUUAAUUUCCUUCCAAUUCCCAAGACCCAAAACCCAUCUCACAGAAUUACUACUGUUGAUAGCAUCCGCCAUGGCCAAAAGCUCCUUCAAAUUGGAACAUCCUCUGGAGAGGCGCCAAGCUGAGGCUGCUCGUAUCAGGGAAAAGUAUCCCGACAGAAUACCGGUUAUCGUGGAGAAGGCUGAAAGAAGCGACAUACCCGACAUAGACAAGAAAAAGUAUCUGGUACCAGCCGAUCUGAGUGUAGGACAGUUCGUGUAUGUGGUAAGAAAAAGGAUAAAGCUGAGUGCAGAAAAGGCCAUCUUCAUCUUUGUGAAGAAUGUUCUGCCACCCACUGCUGCAAUGAUGUCUGCAAUAUAUGAGGAAAACAAAGAUGAGGAUGGUUUCCUGUACAUGACUUACAGUGGAGAGAAUACAUUUGGAGCUGAAUGAAUGAAUGAUUUAUGUACAUUCUUUAUAUCUUUCUCUAUUAAAGUUUGUUCUUGGCAUGUUAUUAGUAAUAUAAAUGAUGUAUGGUGGUGUUUUCCGUUUCAACAUUGACACAUGAGAUUGCAGCUUGGCUUCUUUAAACCAGAAAUCAUAAAGUUGUCUAAUUGUUAUAAA